UUCUCAUUUUAGUCGUACCCGUAAGAAAAAUGCUAAAGUUGACCGACGUAUUUAGUCUUUGUUUAAUGACAAUGGCAUGUCUUUCAAAUUAGAUGCAUUGGUAUUAAGUCCAGCAAAUGAAUCCACAGUGGGAGAAAGUUUCUGUUGGACAGGUCAAGACAACAGCCAAUCAUUUACCUACCAGUAGUUAAGGAAGUGGCUCUUUACUCCUGAAUAUGCUUGCUAGGAAUCCUGCUGACCAAUGUCCGUUCAUUGAAAGCAAUGCAUCUGUGCCUGAAACAAUGAAUGCUGACUCUUCAAAUGUGGAAACAAUUAUUCCAACUCACCAACUGAGUCCUUCUGAUGUUUCUAAGGACGCUAAUAACCAACUUUUGUUGGGACGCUGGUAUGCUCUGCCCUUUGAGAACGAUGAUGUUCGGUGCAGAAGUCACUCAGACAAAACUGGUCUGAAUUUUGAACCUGGUAGUGUGAAUAAAGGAAGUGAAAUCUCUGUUUUUAAAGGAAACCCAUCAGUUCUUACAACACCAACAUUAAAUACUGCUGGUAUGAUAAGUAUUACAAGACCCUGUUUGGAUCCUCAAAAUGGUAUUUUUUUGAACCCAAAGGUAAUGGAUGUUAAACCAGUUCUGUCCUCACUAGACACAGACACGUUUCAUGGCAAUGAACAGCAUGGAGAUAUUUAUGUCCACAGUCCGGGGCUUUUGUUAUCCAUUCCUUCAGUUCCUUCAGUGGACAGCCAGCCUUCAAACCAUGGCCAAGAAGCAAAUAUUCCUCUGCUAAGCCUUUCACCUCUGAGUUCACAGUCCCAAUACUACCAGCAACAGCAACCACAACUGGUAACCACAGUUACAUGUAAGACCCCUCAAUGUGUGUUUGAUGAAAUACAGGAUUUUGGAGAUCACAUCCUUGAAGAACACAAGUUAUUACAAAGCCAGUUUGGUUCUCAAGCAUUUGUUUUAGAUUUUGUAUGUGAGCAGUCUAUGCCAAGUGUACCACAUUCUGCACUUGACUUGACUCAUGUAUUUCCUUUGGCUUUUAAAAAUGGUGCAAAUGCUAUGAUCACUUCACCAGAUCAGGCUUUAUCUAUCAGUGUUAAUCCUUCCUUAACACACAGUUUUGUGAAAGCUACCAGUUCUCAAUCUACUAAUGUUAGGGGUAAAAGGGAUUGUGGUGAUAAAUCAAUUAAAAAAGACAAUGCUACAAAUCAGUCCAUUGGUUUGUCAAGUGAUAAAACAGGCAAGAUGGACCAAAAAAGUGCAAUAUCACCAAUGAAUUAUCCACGUAUGCCAAUGCUUUCAACAUCAGAGAUAGUGAAUUCAAAUCUGGUAGAAGAGUCUGGUGAAUGCUCUUCUGAUGACUUUGAAGAGAUAUUCAUUGAAGUAAACAAAGGGAAAAGCAAGAGCGAUGAUUCAGCUCUUCAAUCACCAAAGAGGGCUGGUUGUCAAGGUUUGUCCAGAGGCGUUGUCAAGCCGAGGGGUACUUCAGUUAGAGAGAAAGCUGCAACAAGGAAUGUUCCUCCUUUUCCAGAACCAUCUAAGAGGAAAUUGGACGAAACGUGUGACUUAGUGAGUAUUAAGAGAGUGAAGAAAGCCAAGGCACCUGAAAAGUCCAAGACUGAGUGCAGUCUUCGAGAGAGGAACCUAGCUAGCUGUAUGAACCUGGAACCUUCAGAUGAUGACAACUUGCUCUACUGUGGAGAAUGCAAGAAGGAGUUUGAAGGGGACUGCCCUGUCCAUGGACCGUACUACUACAUACAGGACAAAAAGGUGCCAGAAGGGGGCCCCGAUAGAGCUGACCAUACCUUGCCAGAUGACCUUGAAAUUAAAACCUCUAAAAUAGUUGGAGCUUGUCUUGGAGUAUUUUCAAAAGUUAGACUGGAGUCCGGGAUUAUGUUUGGACCGUAUGAGGGUGACAUCAUCUCUGACAACUCUAAGUCAGGAUAUUGCUGGCAGAUCUACAAGGAAGGCAAAGAGAGCCACUUUGUGGAUGCCCAGAAUAAGGCCACCUCUAACUGGAUGAGAUACGUUAACUGCGCAAUGACAGAGACAGAUCAGAACCUUGUAGCAUUCCAGUACAAAGGAGGCAUCUAUUACUGCACAUUUAAGCCAGUUUCACCAGGAGAUGAACUGCUUGUCUGGAACCGGGAUGACUACACCAGAGAACUUGACCUUAUCAGAGACAAUAACUUGCCUUUGAGACCUAAAUAUGUCAAUGGAAAAGAAAUUUACCAAUGUGUGCACUGCAAGACAGCAUUUACAAGUGCAGUCCCCUAUGGGCGUCAUUUGAGGACAAUGCAUGGUGAUAAACUGACAUCCAAUUAUCUAGAAUAUCUGGACCAGUGGCUUCUAGAAAAUGAUCAUAAAUAUCUUCAAAAGUAUUCAAAACAUUUACAUCUCACAACCAUAAACACAAAGUUCAACAUUAUUUUAAAUGUUGAACAAAAACAAAGUGACAUUUCACAAAGUCUCUGUGAUAAACAAUUAAAAAAUGCAAUUUUACAGAAGAAAACCAUAGAAAAUAUGGAUGAUAAGACGACCAAUCAUGAGGUGUGUAAAUUUCCUAGAAGUAACAGUAGUCACAUGAACACACACACGAGGAUAUAUACAGGAGAGAGACUGUUCGAGUGUGAGGUGUGUAGUUAUGAAUGUAACCAUAGUGUUACCUUGAAGACACACAUGACGUUACAUACAGGAGAGAAACAAUAUAAGUGUGAGGUGUGUAGUUAUAAAUGUUCCCAUAGAAGUAACUUGAAGAGACACAUGACGUUACAUACAGGAGAGAAACCAUAUAAGUGUGAGAUGUGUAGUUAUAAAUGUAGCCAGAGUCGUUCAUUGAAGACACACAUGAUGAUACAUACAGGAGAGAAACCAUACAAGUGUGAGGUGUGUAGUUAUGAAUGUAACAGGAGUACUCACUUGAAGACACACAUGAUAAUGCAUACAGGAGAGAAACCAUAUAAGUGUGAGGUGUGUAGUUAUGAAUGUACUACUAGUAGUAAUUUGAAGAGACACACGAGGAUACAUACAGUAGAGAAACCAUAUAAGUGUAAGGUGUGUAGUUUUGGAUGUUAUCAUAGUGAUUCCUUGAAGACGCACAUGAGUAUACAUACAGGAGAGAAACCCUAUAAGUGUGAGGAGUGUAGUUAUGAAUGUAACCAUAGAUUAACCUUGAAGACACACAUGACAUUACAUACAGGAGAGAAACUAUUUAAGUGUGGCGUGUGUAGUUAUGAAUGUAACCAGAGUGGUAUCUUGAAGACACACAUGAGAAUACAUACAGGAGAAAAACCAUAUAAGUGUCAGGUGUGUAGUUAUGAAUUUACCCAUAGUGGUAACUUGAAGAGACACGUGAGGAUACAUACAGGAGAGAAACCAUAUAAGUGUGAGGUGUGUAGUUAUGAAUGUACCCAUAGUGGUACCUUGAAGAUGCACAUGAGAAUACAUACAGGAGAGAAACCAUAUAAGUGUGAGAUGUGUAGUUAUGAAUGUAACCGGAGUGGUUCAUUGAAAACACACAUGAGGACACAUACAGGAGAGAAACCAUAUAAGUGUAAGGUGUGUAGUUAUGAAUGUACCCAUAGUGGUUCCUUGAAGACGCACAUGAGGAUACAUACAGAAGAGAAACCAUAUUAGUGUAAGGUGUGUAGUUAUGAAUGUAACCAUAGUGGUACCUUGAAGACACACAUAGGGAUACAUACAGGAGAGAAACCAUAUAAGUGUGCGAUGUGUAGUUAUGAAUGUACCCAUAGUGGUACCUUGAAGACGCACAUGAGGAUACAUACAGGAGAGAAAUAAAAUAAGUGUGAGUUGUAUAGUUAUGAAUGUUACAGUGGUGAGAAACCAUACAGAAGAAAAACCAUAUACGUACGAGGUGUGUGGUUGUGAAUGUAGCCAGAGUUGUACCUUGAAGAUACACAUGAGAAUACAUACAGGUGAGAAACCAUAUGCAAUGUAAGUGUGAAGUGUGUAGUUAUGAAUGUAACCAGAGUUUUACCUUGAAGACACACAUGAUGAUACAUACAGAGAAGAGACUGUACAAGUGUGAGGUGUGAUGUUAUGAAUGUAACCAUAGUGGUACCUUGAAGACUUAAAUGAGGAUACAUACAGGAGAGAAACCAUACAAGUGUGGGGAGUGUAGUUAUGAAUGUAACCAUAGUGAUACCUUGAAGACGCACAUGAGGAAACAUACAGGAGAGAAACCAUAUACGU